UCUGAGAGCUCCCCUUCUUCGGUAUUCUCCCCUCCAAUGCCGCAGUCUCCGCCAAGGUUCCGCCCUCGUCCCUCCCACCCUCUUCCUCGGAUCAGCUCCUUAGACUCCCCGCAGCCAAGGACUAUGACGACGCCAUCCUCUCACAACCAGGAGGACGAUGAGAUAAUGAACCCGCGUCUGCAAAUGGCUGAGGGACACCAGCAAAUGGAUCUUGAUGCUCAGAGUGAAACCGAUAGUACUGAUUAUAGUACCAAUGAUGACGAUGAUGUUACGGAAACUUCUAUUUCCAAGUUUACAUGGGCGAUCAAGAACUUCUCGAGGUUGAAAACCAGGAAGCUCUACUCGGACGUCUUCUUAGCGGGUGGCCACCAAUGGAGACUGCUUCUCUUUCCGAAAGGUAACAAUGUUGAUUCUUUGUCCAUAUACAUGGAUGCUGCUGAUUCGGCGAGCUUAGUUUUUGGGUGGACAAGAUUUGCGCAUUUCGGUCUGACUGUAAUCAAUCAAAUCAAAUCCAACCGUUCGAUCACAAAAGAUUGCCAGAACAUAUUCUGUGCACUUAGAAAUGAUUGGGGUUUUUCACAUUUUAUGCCACUAAGUGAAGUCCAUAACUCGAGCGAAGGAUUUCUUGUGAACGACACUCUUAUAAUCGAAGCCGAUGUCACUGUUCUCCGAUUCAGUGAUUGGUCUUAUGAAGAAAGAAAAGAGACAGGUUUGGCUGCUGUCAAGAGUCGAGUAGUUGAUUGCUAUCAGGACUGGACCGACCGUAUUGCUUACUCCAUGAAGGUGCUGAAUCGCAUGAUUCCUCCUCUCCUUGACGGUAUCUGUCAGUGCUUUGAGCGCUAGUCAAGCAAACCGAUGUCAGUGCUUCAUUUGCUCUUGGAUAGGCAUAAUAAACAAACUGCUCUCUUUUGUUGCUUGAAACAAAUAUUAUCAUUUUCUUGAUGCAUUAUUACUGCUUUAGUUAAUUUUCUUUUUAUUCCGCUUAUCAAUUGUUAGUGUUCGACCAA